AUGGCGGAGGGCGGCGGCGGGCCGGCGCGCAGGAAAGCGCUAUCGCUGCUGGAGGCGGCCCGAUCCCGGUACGAGAGCCUGCAGAUCUCCGACGACGUCUUCGGGGAGUCGGGCCAGGACAGCAGCGGGAACCCCUUCUACAGCACCUCGGCCGACUCCCGCUCCGCCGCCUCUUCCCAAGACGAGGACGACGACGACGAAGACCAGGGGCGGCCGGGGGUGCCGAGCCCGCGGGGCAGGGCGGCCCGGCGCCAGGAGGAGGAGGAGGAAGCGGAGAAGGGGGGCUGGACCCGAUCGCUGCGAGACGUCCCACCCCCUCAUUUCAAGGAUGGCAGCGGUCCAACACGAAAAAUGCCCCCGACUGCCAGUGCCAUGGACUUUUUUCAGCUCUUUGUCCCUGACAAUGUACUAAAGAAUAUGGUGGUCCAGACCAACAUGUAUGCCAAGAAAUACCAGGAGAGGUUUGGUAGUGAUGAUGCCUGGAUUGAUGUCACCUUGACAGAAAUGAAGGCCUUCUUAGGCUACAUGAUAUCAACCAGCAUCCACCACUGUGAGUCUGUUCUCAGCAUCUGGAGCAGCGGCUUCUACAGCAACAAGAGCAUUGCACUUAUCAUGACACAAUCAAGGUUUGAGAAGAUUCUGAAGUACUUCCACAUUGUGGCCUUCCGCUCGAGCCAGACAACACAUAGCCUCUACAAAAUCCAGCCUUUUCUGGACUCUCUGCAGAAUGGCUUUGACUCUGCUUUCAGACCUUCGCAAGCCCAGGUACUACAUGAGCCCCUGAUAGACGAGGAUCCUGUUUUCAUUGCUACCUGUACAGAGAGGGAGCUGCGCAAGAGAAAAAAGAGGAAAUUCAGUCUUUGGGUUCGGCAGUGCUCGUCUACUGGUUUCAUCUGCCAGAUUUAUGUCCAUCUCAAAGAAGGGAGUGGUGCUGAUGGGUUGGAUGCUUUGAAGAACAAACCACAGCUUCACAGCAUGGUGGCCAAAAGCCUUUGUCAAAACGCCUCUGGGAAGAACUACAUCAUCUUCACAGGCCCAAGCAUUACCAGCCUGAAUCUCUUUGAAGAAUUUGAGAAGCAAGGUAUUUACUGCUGUGGGUUGCUGAGCACCAGGAAGAGUGACUGCACAGGCCUACCUCCAUCCAUGCUGAACAAUUCUGCAACUCCACAGUCCAGAGGACAGUACAGAAUAAGGAUGAAGGGAAACAUGUCAUUGAUUUGCUGGUACAAUAAAGGGCACUUUCGUUUUCUGACCAACGCCUAUUCUCCAGUUCAACAAGGAGUUAUAAUUAAGAGAAAAAGUGGAGAAAUUCCAUGCCCACUGGCAGUUGAAGCCUUUGCUGCUCACCUUAGCUACAUCUGCAAAUAUGAUGAUAAAUACAGCAAGUAUUUCAUUUCUCACAAACCAAACAAGACCUGGCAACAAGUGUUCUGGUUUGCCAUCAGCAUCGCUAUAAAUAAUGCCUACAUCCUCUACAAAAUGUCAGAGGCCUACCAUGUGACAAGGUACAGCCGUGCACAGUUUGGUGAAAGACUUGUAAAGGAGCUUCUGGGCUUGGAGGACACCUCACCCACCCAUUGA